AUACAAUAAAAUAAUUUUUCAAAGUAGAUAAUGUAACAAAAGAAUCUUUUUACUAACAUGCAAUGUAAUUUUUAUUUAAUUAAUGAUAAAAAAUUCAGUUUGAGUCGAAAAGAUCAAAGGGAACGAUCUUUUUUGGAAGGAUUAUAUAUAUAUAUAUAUAGACACAACAACAAGAAAAGGAGAGGGAGGGGAGCAAAGCAAGUGGGAAAAAAUGGAAAGGUGGCCCAAAGAAAAAACAGAAUCAAGAUCAACAUCUGAUACUGUCUAUAACUUCUCCUCCUCCUCUUCUUCAGGGUCACGGGAAACUCCAGUUCCAGCAAGGUAUGAGUCACAGUUGGUGAAGAAUUUAAUGGAGGAAAAGAAUAGGAAAAAGAUGAAGAAGAAGAAGAAAGAGGUGUUUGUUGAAGAAGGGUAUGUGAAGAGAGCAGAAGAAAGAGGUGAAGAAGAUGAGAUUGGGAGAACAAAGAGCUUGACAGAUGAUGAUCUGGAGGAGCUAAAGGGGUGUUUGGAUCUGGGGUUUGGGUUCAAUUAUGAAGAAAUCCCAGAGCUGUGCAACACCUUGCCUGCCCUUGAGCUUUGCUACUCCAUGAGCCAAAAGUACCAGCACAACCCCCUCACUACUUCACACUCUCUUCCCAAUUGGAAGAUCUCUAGCCCUGGGGAUGAUCCAGAAGAGGUGAAAGCAAGGCUUAAAUACUGGGCACAGGCAACUGUGUGCACUGUCAGAUUAUGCUGCAGCAGCAGCAGCCAGAAGAGAGAUCAUCACAAGUGUUGAGUGAUUAUACAAUACAUAUUCUACAUGUAUGUACAAGUAUAGGUAAUGUUUGUGUUGUGUACUAGUAUAUGCACUGGGGGCGGGAGCGGGG